CAAACUUUGACGCUGUCGGUCUAGAUCAUUGCUCGCACCUCGACACAGGCCAACUGUCCGGGGCUGUUUCUUGAAUCUUUAGCCUCAAUAUCUCCCGUAUCAAUUGAUAUGCUCGAUUUGUCGUCCUUGCAAUGCAUCCGGGCCUGUCAGGAUCUCAUGACAGGGCGCGCACACAUAAUGCUCUGCAAGAAUCUAGCCGGACACUUCCUUUCUACUUCCACCAGGUGGGACUUAUGAUCUACUCCGGAAAGCCUGCGGCCAACCCGCAGCUUGACCUUCUCACCUUCUUAUUCGACUCGCCACUUUCACUUGCCACGGAUGAGACCGUGCUGCACGCAGAGGCGGCGAACCCCCGCAACCGCAUCACUAAAGCCGAGGCGCGGGUUCUAACGCGCCGCAUCGCCUAUGUCCUGCGCACGCGGUUCGGGAUUGGCGCGUCGGGGCCAGGCAAGGACGUGGUGAUCGUCAUUUCGACUGGGCAGGUCAUACUUCCCAUUCUGUUCUACGGCAUCGUGUGUGCCGGCGGUGUCGCAAGCCUCGCUUCGCCGUCUUUCGUCCCGGGCGAGUUGGCGAGGCAGAUCCGGCUCGGCUAUGCCAAACUGUGCAUCUCGUGCGAGCUCACCAGAGACACGCUGGAGGCCGCGGCGCAGCUCUGCGAAUUCCCACUCCAUCGUUGCCUGGUUCUGUCCUCGGCCGGUCCGCGCUCCCUCCGCGUGGCAAACUCGGCAUCCAGCCAAAGUAUCAUUGGGACGUCCGAGCUGGACUGGGACCGUAUCACUUCAAAGGACGAGCUCGAAAACAGUCUUAUAUGCUUGCUAUAUAGCUCCGGCACGACCGGGCCGCCGAAAGGCGUCAAGGUUUCGCACACGAACAUGACGGCCCAAGCGUUUCUUCCCAGUAUCCUCCUUCGAGAACACUGGGAGAAAAACGGGAAAUGGGACAUGAGGACACUGGCGCAUCUCCCGACGGCACAUAUUGCCGGGGUUCAGGGGUAUUUCGUGAACCCCUUCUAUCAAGGAGGAACGACAUUCUGGAUGCCCAAGUUCGACUUCAACGAUUUCGUCGCCCACAACAAGAAGCUCGGGAUCACCAUGUUCUUCACCGUCCCGCCGAUCUUCCUGCUCGCGGCCAAGUCCGCUCAAGUCACAGAUGAGUUCCAGUCGCUGAAGCUUGCGGUGGGCGGCGCUGCGCCACUGGGCAGUGCUCUGCAGCUCGGUGCCAGCCGCAAGUUGGGGGUGUCUGUGGGCCAAACGUGGGGGCUUUCGGAAACGACCGGCUCGGUCUCGAUGAGCGAUGUUAAUUUCGAUAUCGAAGCGGAGGCUGGCAGUGUCGGCAGACUGCUUCCUUCGAUGCAAGUUCGCAUCGUAGACGAAUCAGGUAAUGAUUGUGCCCCCGGUGUUCCUGGAGAAAUACUCGUCAAAGGCCCGGUCGUGACAAAGGGCUACUUCGAUAACGAAGGGGCAAAUAGCGAGACCUUCCAAGAUGGGUGGCUCCACACGGGCGACAUCGGGCUCUUCAAGGGUGAUCUGCUGUUCGUUGUGGCGCGUGCUUCGGGCGGCUAUCUGCUUUCACCAUAUGCUCAAGCACACGUGACAGGUCAUCAAGUCGCACCUGCGGAACUGGAGGCGCUGCUCAUUUCUCAUCCUCGCAUCGCCGACGCCGGUGUCAUUGGGGUCUACAGUGAAUCACAUGGCUCCGAAGUGCCGCGCGCUUAUGUUGUCGCCGACCAGUCCGAGCUGAGUGCUGAGGCAAUCCAGGACUUUGUCAAGACGCGCGUCGCCGGUUUCAAACAGCUCCGUGGCGGGGUCCAGUUUGUGACGGCGAUUCCCAAGUCACCAUCCGGAAAGAUAUUGCGCAAGGAGCUCAGAGCGCAGGCAAAGCUCUGA